GGGUACAACCGAAAAUGGAAACCCUAAAGGUGCAGAAAAAUCAGUGUGAUAUGAAAACAGAUCUGAACUUACUGCUUGAAUGCCUUAAAUAUCAGAUGGACUGCCCCAUGUCCCAGAAAGAGGCUUUGAUCACUAUUUAUUCAAUUUGUCAACAGAACAGUGAAGCAAGUGAAUAUUUUCGAGAAAUUGGUGGUUUGAUGUUCAUAAAUGAUCUUGCCAAGUCAAGUGUCCAUUGCAUGGUGAAGGAAGCAGCUUUAUUUACAUUAGGAAUUAUAAUAGAGAGUAAUGUUUAUUGUCAACAAACUUUGUGUACUUCUGCGUUGUUUGAAGACCUCAUUUUAUUUUUAAUUAAUAAGGAUUCUGGUGUGAACUUGAAAAGAAUGUCAGUUUAUGUCAUCUUAGUACUGGUUUCAAAUAACAAAAGUGGGCAAACCUAUGUCAGAGAUACAGGCUGCAUUGGUCUUCUGCUACAGUUAUUUAGAACAACUCUUUCAACAUCUGAGGUGAAUCUAUCAGAUGAAAACAUGAAUCCGUGCUAUCAGCUAUGGUCUUCUGUCUGCAGUACUCUCUGUGCCUGUGUUAACAAUCCUCAGAAUGAAGACAAUCAAAAUAUUUGCUGUUCUGUUUUUCCAUACGCCAAAGAGUGGCUUGAAAGUUGCACAGAGCCUGAGAUCCUUCGUCCUAUUUGUUCAUUUGUUGGUCUCACAGUUGCAAAUAACUCAUAUGUGCAGAAGUAUUUUGUUUCUGUUGGAGGAUUGGAUACAUUAGCUAAAGUUCUCAGCAGGCUGAUGCAGGAUUCCAGUUUGAGUCACUCAAGCACAAAACUUGCAAUAGUAUUAACAAAAACUCUGGAUGCCUGCAUUGCUAAUGAGUCUGCCAUGGGUGUUUCCUUGACAAAGUAUCGCACUGUGUCAGAGCUACUGAAGCUGCUGUCCAAUGACACUCUGGAUACUGGAGAAAAAAUUAGUAUUAUUCUAACAAUUGGACACUGUACUGAAGUUUGUGAGGAAAAUCAACGUGAACUCCUCCAGAACAAUGGUCUUCCACUUAUGAUUCAGGUAUUAACUGAGUCUCAGGAUGAGGAACUAAACAAAGCUGCUACUUUUGUGCUGCAAAACUGCAAAAAACUGACUGAACAAUUGUCCCUGAAAAGAAAUGAUAAUUCAUUAAACGUGAAUAAUGCAGAAGAAUUGGAUGUGCAAUCCAAACAAAGAAGUCUACAAGACUACUGGAAGAAAGCAGAAGAAAUUUUACACAGAAUAAAGUUGAUUGAAAAAGAACAUGAUGAGGAAAGAGUGGAAGAAGUAUUUGUAGACAGACCUUCAGAAGCCAAUAUUGAAGCAUCAGAAUACCAUGAAGUGAAUCCUGCUGAUCCAAAAACUUACGAAGAAAGAACACAUAAGGAAGUACAUUGUCUACAAUUGACCUCUAAGUCAUAUGAUCAGGUUCCGGCUCCAUUUGUAAAUUCUUUUCCAGCAAAAAAUGAAAUAUUGAAUACCGUGGAUCCAGUAAAUGCUUCUACCAGACAAAGUGAGCAGAGUAAUAUUCCAAGUGCAGUUAAUGAACUGCAAAGAGCCAGCGUACUUCAAAAUCACAGUAUGAAUGAGAAAAAUGAGUCUACUCUUCAAGUACGUGAACAUUUAUUUAAGCAGCCUGCAGAGAUGGUUAAAAGUAUGAAACAGACAUACACAUCAGAUCAAUAUCCAUUCUACUCAGAGAAAACCAAGGAAGAAAAAAGUACUUCAUCUGCAUCCCAUGCAAUGGUACAUUUUAGGUGUUUAGGUUGUACAGCAGGAGGACUGUCCUUCAAUAGUAAAACCUUCACUAAAAUGUUGCAGAGUUGUCCAUACCAGUGUGACCAUCACAAAGUCAUUCUGGAAGCUGAAGAAAGAUAUAAAAAGGAACUUCGCAAACUGAUUGUUUGUAACAGCAGCAGAUCUGCAACUCAGGAGAAAAUAGUGCUGACUCCGAUGAAGAAAAACAGGCUGGAUACAGAAAUACCAGCUUUCAGAAGCCAAAAGGAUAGUUUCCAAAGUAUUCUUUUGACUCCAAUUAGAAAAAACAAAUAUAAUACUUCAAAUAGAGAUGAACACAGAAAAAAUAGUGGGUUGACUGACAACUACAACUUGAUCCCUACAUAUGGAAACUCUUUCCAAAAUACCCAAGAUGCUAAGUUGAAGAGACAAAGAGUCAAAGAAACAUGCUACCAGGAUCAUCAGCAUGUAAAAGAAAACUGCAUGUGUUCACAUGACAAGCAGAACAAUGAAAUUUGUUCUCUGGACAUGAACACAAGAACUUUAAACAAGAAAAGAAGAACCCGAAAAGAUUUCACAACUGAAGAAAUUAACUACCUUAUGAGUGGAGUAAAGAAAAUGGGUACUCGUUGGAAUUUAAUUUUGUGGUCUUACCCAUUUCAGAAAGGACGGACAAGUGUUGAUCUUUCCAAGAAAUACUACCGUUUGCAGCUGCAGAGGCAAGAAAAAAGCAAAGAUCACCAAUAACAUCUUUCAAGAGUUUGGGGUUUUGUUG